AUGGACACGACUGUAGCUGCAUUGGCCCAUGCCAAUGCUCUCUAUGCUCGCGACUCCAGCAGCAACACCUCCCAACCCCCCGUCUACAAGGCCAUCGGCAUCACCCUCGCCGUUUCGUCCGGCGUCUUCAUCGGUUCGUCCUUUGUGCUCAAAAAGACCGGCUUGCUCAAGGCCAACGUCAAGUACAAUGAGGAGGCUGGCGAAGGCUACGGCUACUUGAAGAACGCCUGGUGGUGGUCCGGCAUGAUCUUGAUGAUCGUCGGCGAGAUCUGCAAUUUUGUCGCCUACGCCUUUGUCGAUGCCAUUCUCGUCACCCCUAUGGGCGCUCUGUCGGUGGUCGUCACGACCAUCUUGUCCGCCAUCUUCCUGAAAGAACGACUCAGUUUUGUCGGCAAGGUCGGCUGCUUCAACUGCAUCGUUGGUUCGGUCGUCAUCGCUUUGAAUGCUCCUCAGCAGUCGUCCGUAUCGACCAUUCAGCAGAUGAAGCACUAUGUCCUCGCUCCGGGUUUUCUGGUCUACGCCGGCAUCGUCGUUGUCGGCUGUACCAUUGUCGCGCUCUGGGCUGGUCCCCGCUACGGCAAACGGAGCAUGUUCGUCUACCUGACCAUCUGCAGUCUGAUCGGAGGAUUGAGUGUCGUCGCCACGCAAGGAUUGGGUGCCGCCAUUCUCGCCCAGAUCCGGGGCAUCCCCCAGUUCAACCAAUGGUUUCUCUAUGUGGUGUUGGCUUUUGUCAUUGUCUCCCUCCUGACCGAGAUUAUCUACCUCAAUAAAGCGCUGAAUAUCUUCAAUGCCGCACUGGUCACACCCACCUACUAUGUUUUCUUCACUAGUGCCACAAUCGUGACGUCGGCGAUCCUGUUCCAGGGUUUCCCCGGCUCCGUCAUGGCGAUUGUGACCAUGGUUCUGGGAUUCUUGCAGAUUUGCUCGGGGGUGGUCUUGUUGCAACUGUCCAAAUCGGCCAAGGACGUCCCUGAUGCGGCCAUCUUCAAGGGCGACUUGGACCAGAUCCGGGAGGUCAGCGAGCAAGAGCAGCCCGAGUCGGAGCCCAAGGCUGAUGCCAUUCGUGGCACUGCCGCCAUCAUCCGCCGCAUUUCGGUUUCAAGACAGAAAAUGGAAGAAGAGGAAGCGAAGAGGUACUUUAGGGAGAGACAGGAGGAUCAAUUGAAACCGCCUGCCGAGAAUGAGAUUAUCGAGUGGGAUGGAUUGAGACGACGCAAGACCGUCAUCGGUGAGGGUCCCACGAUGGCCCCGCGAACACCGCGGACGCCGCGUUCGCCUCAUCCUCCGCUGGGUAUGUCUCGUUUCCCGGACGAAGGCGAACAGCCGGCGCGGACGCCAAGUGGGAAGGGUGGACAAACGUUCCUCGAAGAGGUCCGGAGCCGGGCGUCGACCAUGCUCCAUCCCUCACAAUGGCGGGCGCCUGGUCAGGAGGGAAAUUACGCUCACAGCCCGUUGCACCCCGUCGCGUUGACUGAAAUCUCUGUUCCUCCGAACAAAGAUGUCGACACGGCCUACCAUGGAAGUGGAGGAACCGCCCUCGACGCACCGUUCCAGCCAGGGCGAGAACGCAGUGACACGCCUCGAUCGAUCGCCUGGGCAGAUGAGGUCCGCCCGGACCGAACGCCCAGCCGGAGCAGCCAUCUGGCGCCGGAGCCGCCUCAUUCCGCACGACGUCAAUUUUCCUUCCAGACGGUCUUCAAUCGGAUGCGAUCGGCCGAGAAUUCCCCUCGGAGCCCUAACAGCCCAAGCCGUGGGAUCCUGAGGCGAUCCGAGCGAUCGGCCAGUCUUGAACAGAAACGAGCGAUGAAGCAUGCCACCGAGGAAGAGAGGCUCGGUCUUGUGAAAGGGGACUCUCGACAGGCGGAAGUAGAAGAUGAAUACCUGGAUGAGAAGAUUCCACGAGCAGAGUCUCCUGAUUCUUUCGACUCGACGUUAGAGGCAGUGGAACCGCCGGUCCCAGAGGCGUACUCUCGCCCGUAUCAGGCGUCGAGAACCUCAUCGAUGUCCACCACUACUUUUCCCCCGUAUGAAGACGUGCAUCCAUAUCACGCUGAAGUCGACCCUCAUAUGCUGUAUCCGCCUGUACGACGAGUGUCUUCCCCGCCUCCGCCGCCUCCUGAACAUGACAGUGCAGGUGGGGAGCGGCCUCGAUCGCGUCGCACACAUUCGCCCGAUUCACUACACAGCACCAGACAAUAUCCUCGCCACGGACGUCCAGGCACGGCCAGCCGGACCGGCUCUCUUCCUCCUAUCCCUGCUGAAGAAGCGGGUGCGGAAGGCGGAUCGUAUGAGGAGCGAUCGUAUGUGCGGGUUGAACGGCAUAGACAGGGCCACGGCAGUCCGGAUCUCGGGGUGAUGUCUCUGUCGUCAUCGUCGCCGUCGCCGCAGCGAUCGCCCGCGUCGGGUGGCCAGCGGGGUGGACGUCGUGAGAGUGGCUGGCGACGGGGACAGUCGCCGGGGGGGUGGAUAUGUCUAUGUCCAGCAGGGCGAGCAGCCGCAGCAACAGCGGGAGCAGUGACGACGGAGCGAGUCGACGUCUUGUUGGGGCGUUCAUCUAAACGAAAAUAG